CUCUCUCCCUCUUUUCCCUUAAAUCUCACUUCUGUUUGUUUCUUUCUCAUUAAUCUCUGGACUUUGAUCGUUAGCUACAUUUGGUCUCUCUCUCUCACUCUUUUCCUUUCCAUGGCUGGCACUAGUAGUGAGGUUCGAUUUAUGAAGGUUUUCAUCUCGCAGAAGUCAUCUAAAUCAUUUGCGAUUCCAUUGGGAUUUAACGAAUACUUCCCAGAUCCAUUGCCAAUUACGGUAGACCUCCUAGACUAUAGUGGGAGAUCUUGGACGGUCAGAAUGAAGAAAAUAGGAGAGAACGUGUUUCUAACACUUGGUUGGGAGAAUUUUGUUAAAGACAACAAUCUCGAAGAUGGCAAGUAUUUGAACUUCAUCUACGACUGCGAUAGGACCUUUUAUGUUAUCAUAUUUGCCCAUGACAUGUGUAGCGAAUUCAGAGGCUUCCCUCAAGUCAUUGUAGAUGUUGAUGACUAUGAAACCUGUGAAGAUGAAGAUGAAGAUGUAGAAGAAGCACAACAACAAAAAGAAAACAACAAGUAACCAAAAUUUGGGUGUAUCAAAAUGUUAAGUUAAAUUGUCAUUUUUUAUAUAUAUUGGAUCUAUGUAACCAGAUGUUUAGUUUAUAAGUAUACUCUUAAGUCUUAUGUUUUCUUCUACAUAAACAUGGUUUAUUAAACUUACUCUAUUAUAACUGCA